UCGUCUCUGCAAUAAGAAGCCGAAUAAUGGAUUGUCAAACUGUUAAUUUCGCAGUUGUCACUCAAAUGAGAAUUUUUUGUUGUCUGGAACAGUAACGUUAACAUCAAAACAUAAUUCUUUUUGCUUUGUAAUUAAUAAUUGAACUAAAGAGAAAAUGAUAUAAAGUGAUAUAAGUAUAACAUCUAGUUUAGUAAUCCCUGUAACAUGACCGUAAUUCAAACAAUGAAAAAGUUUAACAACAAAAUUCCAGGCACUUUGCCGCCACCUAAGACUGAAAUUGACGGAAAACUAGAAAAUUUAUCGUCAAAAACUAUACCCGAAUUACUAGAACUUCGAGAUAGACAGUUAAAGCUACUGAAUAACAAACCUUUUAUUAGUAAACUUGCUGACAAGGGAGAGAAGAUUCGUAUCUUAUUUGAUAAGAUAGAAAUCGAGUUAAAGAAUAAACAGGAGGAAGAACAAACCUGCCGCCUAUUCGGUGACAUGAAAAUCAAUAAUAUCGACAAAGAAUCAGUAGCAAAUGUUGAAUGGGAAGGUAAAAUACAGAAAAAUCAUAAUACAUAUCUAGAUUCCGAUGAUGACAGUGACCCAGAGGAUGUUUUACACAUAUUAAGUCAAACCACAUCUCAAGAAAAGAAGGUUAAGGUUUUACAGCCUGACAAACCAUUAAUAACGCCUGAAGAUCUUAUUAGUAUAGGAGAAAUACCAGUAGUAAAAAAGAUUAUAGAAAAAACUGAGAUUAACAUUAAGCCCAAAAAGACUAGCCAGUUUAAACCAUACAAAACAACAGUAUCCGAUGUUCAUAAUCCUGAAAAAGAAAUGCUUAGAAAGAAAAAUAAAUUUUGGGAAGUGACAGCGGCUACACCGCCUCCAAUAGUCCACGGACCUGCAAAAACAUUAAGUUUAGAAGAGUCAUUGAAACUGCAACAGAAACACAAUAGACAUCUCAAAGAAAUUGAAGUACAACAUGCUGCUGAGAAACUCUUGGCUCGAACAAGUAUAAAAAUGGCAGAACUUCCAGAAGAUAUUUCCAAAUUUGGGACUUAUAGAGAUAGCGAUGAUACAAAAUCUGAUGAAUCUGAUCCUGAGGGUAGUGAUAAAGAGGUGUUAGAUGAAGAACCAGAAAGAGGAGGAGUUGUGUUUACAGUUAUGAAAUAAAUGUAAAAAAUAAUAAAAUUUGUUUUCAAAAUAAAUCAA